GCACGCGAUUCUGCAGCUGGUGUUCACUUGGGAGCAGCAACAUUCACGAGGAGAAUUUGAUCUAGAUUUGAAGUACAAAAUCGACUCUACUUUAAUGACCCAGAUACAGAAACUCGAGUGACCACACAUUUCUUUCUCCAGAUUGUUAAUACCUGGACCGACUUUUCCUAGCUCGCGCAGAGCUCGCAAUUAAUUUUCGGAAACACCUCGCGGAGUCAUAAUCUGUGCCAGCCCUCAACACCAGCGUUCUUCCGCAUUUCGAGAGCCCACGGUUGUCUUUAAUAGCUGCUACACAGGCGGUAGAUUCAUCGUCAGCUACAAAGAUGCCUACCAUCAGCGUUGACAAAGCGGAGCUCUACAAAGCUCUCGGGCAAGAGUACACGACUGAAGAGUUCGAGGAACUAUGCUUCGAAUUUGGGAUAGAACUCGACGAGGAUACAACAGACCAAGAGCGACCCAUUGUCAAUGGGAAGCAGGAACCUCCACAACUCAAAAUCGAAAUCCCGGCCAAUCGAUAUGACAUGCUCUGCUUCGAGGGUAUAGCUUUGAUGCUCAACAUUUUCCGCGAAAAGACGCCAUUCCCUGACUACAAAUUGGUCAAGCCGAAAGGAGGGAAGAUGCAGACCAUCACCGUUAGUCCAGACACUCUCAAGGUUCGGCCAUAUGUGUCCGGUGCCAUUCUCCGUAAUAUCAAGUUCACCAAAGCUUCAUAUGACUCCUUCAUAUCACUUCAGGACAAGCUUCACCAGAACCUUGCAAGGCAAAGAACUCUGGUAGCUAUUGGUACUCAUGAUUUGGACACGAUCAAAGGCCCUUUCACCUAUGAAGCCCUGUCGCCAAAGGACAUCAAGUUUGCGCCUCUGAAUCAGACCAAAGAAAUGAAUGGCGAGGAACUCAUGCAAUUCUAUGAGAACGACAAGCAUCUCGGAAAGUACCUUCACAUCAUCCGAGACAAGCCUGUCUAUCCCGUCAUCUAUGAUUCUCAGCGUAUCGUGUGCUCCAUGCCACCCAUUAUCAAUGGCAACCACUCGAAGAUCUCACAGAACACCACCAAUGUUUUCAUUGAGAUGACGGGAACAGACCGAACCAAGCUUGAGAUUGUGAAUCAUAUCAUGGUUGCUAUGUUCUCAAUGUAUUGUACUGAGCCAUUCACAAUCGAACCUGUCGAGAUCAUCUCAAAUCACAAUGAAGAGACAAGAACCACUCCUGAUUUCAAGCCUCGAUUGGCUGAGGCGGAGGUUGACUACAUUAACAACUGCUGUGGCCUGAAGGAGUCGCCCGAGAGAAUUUGCGAGCUGCUCACCAAGAUGUGCUAUACUGCUAAGCCAUCCAAGAAGGACAAGAACAUCCUCGACGUCUCGAUCCCGGUAACCCGUGCUGAUGUUCUUCAUCAAUGUGAUAUCAUGGAAGAUGUUGCUAUUGGUUACGGCUUCAAUAAUCUUCCAAGAACAUCACCUAACAAGGCCUCGACAAUUGCGCAACCUCUGAUGAUCAACAAGCUAGGUGACAUUGUUCGUAUGGAAGCAGCAAUGGCUGGCUGGAGUGAAGUGAUGCCGCUAAUCCUCUGUUCACACGACGAAAAUUUCGGCUGGCUGAAUCGAAAAGACGACGGCGAGACGGCUGUGAAGCUUGCGAAUCCCAAAACUGCAGAGUACCAGGUUGUGCGCACCUCAUUACUUCCUGGUCUCCUAAAGACCAUUCGAGAAAAUAAGAAGCACAGCGUGCCUAUCAAAGUUUUCGAGGUCUCAGAUGUUGCCUUCAAGGACAUGUCUCUGGAAAGGAAGAGUAGGAAUGAGAGGCACUUCGCAGCUGCUUGGUAUGGCAAGACGAGUGGGUUCGAAGUCGUUCACGGCUUGCUUGAUCGUGUUCUCUUGAUGCUCAAGACUGCUUUCUUGACUCACGAGGAUGGUCUCCAGGGCAAGAGGCUGGACUACGAGGUCAAGGAGGACCCAUCGAAGCCGGAUGGAUACUGGAUCGAGGAAAUUGAUGAACCAACAUUCUUCGCUGGGCACGCUGCUGCUAUCUACCUCCGAAUCGACGGAAAGCAAGCUCGCAUCGGCGAGUUUGGAAUCUUGCAUCCCACCGUUCUCGAUAAGUUUGAGUUGAGAUAUCCUGUGAGCACACUAGAGAUCAACUUGGAGGUCUUCUUAUGAUCAUGUUUCUACUAUACAGUGAAGACGGCGUACUGCUCACCAAAAGAAUUUAGAUUUCAUGAAUGAUGAGCUAUUCAAUGACAUGAUACAUGAUUCUCGUAAA